CUCGUGUUCCAUUUUGCAUAUUUUUGGUAUUGAAAUCGAAGUGGAAGUGCGUCUAGUCGAGCCUUGCUGUUGCGAAUUCACUCCAAAAAUCUCCUUAUUCUGUGAAUUUCUACUUUUUGUGAUAGAGACACUUUUGCUUGUGGAAUAUAUAAACUUUGGUGCAAUGCCGAGACGUUGUGCUUUCGGUUGUGCGCUCCGUAAGAUUCCAAUGCAUCGUUUCCCAGAUGCUAUCAAAUUUCCUGAGCAGUUUAAAACUUGGGUCAGUCUUGUUGGUGGAAACCCUGAAACAUCUGAUUUUGAUAUAUAUAAGAAGAAGAGAAUUUGUGAUAUACACUUUUCUGACAAACACAGAAAUCGUAAUCAACGGCUUAACACAUUGGCAGUUCCGAUGCUUCAUGUGCCUGGACAAGUUCAGAGUCAAGACGUAAUCUUAGGACAAGCUUCAUCCACAAAACAUUUACUGCCUACAAUAAUACAGCAAGACUGUUCAGAGCCGUAUGUGAGCAACUUUAUUUUAGAAAAAGGAUCAACUUCAACAACAUUCCAACCUGUGCCUGCAGAUGCAUCUCAACAAUGUGUUUCAGCAAAGUGCUUGAUGCUGGAACAUAAUUAUAGUGUUAUUAGCAAGCCUAAAAGAACAGCUCUAAAAGAUGUAAUGGCUGCACAGCGCACAAAGAUCAAGCAUCUUCAAGCAGAAAUAUCGCGCUUGCGAAGAAAAGGACAAUCUUUCAAAGCAAGAACCGUCAUUCUUUUGGCCAACAUUUUUAUUUCGAGUCAACUGCUAGAGGGCACCACUGAGCAAGCAACCACAGCAAAUGUUACUAUCUCGUGUGUUACGGGGAUGGGUGACAGUGGAACUUGCGUUAGUCGCGAACAUUGCGACUAUGGCACGAGAGCCAUAGACUACACUUUGUACGCACGGUCCUCAUUUAAAAAGUAUGAUUGAAAUGAAAAAUAUCACUUAGGUCAAUCACUUGGCGUUGAAAGAAGAAAGGAAGAACUAUUUGACUUGAAUCCUGCUGCCAAAACAUACCAUCGCACCACACCUCCUCUUUCUUUAAUCAUAACCCUAUGGUUAUGUAGGUACCUACGUACUAUGAAGUCAACUUCAUUGACAUUGCAUUGCGUAUCAGUUAGGUACAAUCAGCUGAACGUCCUACUCAUCUCGUCCCUUAUUGUCAAAAAAUAUACGUCUAGAUACAGCCUUUGCCUGCUAAACAACGGCUGUAAACAGGCCAGGUUGAUUACUUUGUGUUAGUGUGCGUUCAUUGCUCAAAAUAGAGAUUAACAGUCAACCUCAAUUUUGACUUUUGUUUUCUUUUCGACGUUUUCACAGCU